GAGGACUAAGAGAGGUGGUAGAGCAUUACCAGUGUGUUGAGUAAGCAUCUAUCUUUGAAACUAGCAUCAUGGAGAAUAUGUAUUUGAUGAAGGAUACAAUGGACAUGGAGAGCAAAAUAUUAAAUCCAAAGAGGGAGAACAUGCUUCAUAGUGUGUUGAAUGCUUUCAACCACAUGUGGGAACGUUUUGCCAAAGUCCCCGUAUCAUUUUUGACAGGCAUUAAUUAUCCAUUAUCAGUAACAGUGGUAAACAAUGGUCUCAUUUCCCCUGAAUUUUUUAAAGACAUGACAACGAAAAGGGAUGCAUUGGGCACUGAUAGUGUAUAUAUUCACAAUGCCUCGAUGAAAGAGUCUUUAAAUAUUAUUGAGAAUAUUCAUCAUGAUAUAUUUGGUGAAAAGAAACUAUAUGUAAGUAGAAUUUUGAAUGAAAACGCAAUUGGAAAAUUAAAAUACAACUACAAUUCUAUUGGUAUUGAUAACAAGGACACUGAAAGAUCUGAUAAAGGAAAAUCUAUUGUUGAGGAGAACUUUUGUGAUUUAUUGACAACUGAAAAUUUAAACGAAGAGAGUAUAGAAGAUUCAUUCGAGCAUGUUUGUUUGGAUAGUACAGGAAACAUAGAAAAUAUGCAUAGUUGUGAAUAUACCAAUAAUGAUAGAUUUUCCAGCGAGGAGCAAUUUUCUGAUUGUUUUGACAAUAUUGCGAAGGAUAAACUCAUCACAGAUAGUGAACCACUUUUGUGCACAACCAGUUCAGACAUAGUAAGUGUAGAGCCAAACAAACAGACUGUAUCUGAUAUGUUGACAAAUGUGUGGCAAAAGGUUUAUGGCAGCAUGACAGAUCGAUUUUCUACAACAAAUUUAAUUGAUUCCGAUAUAACAAUGAAACGACCACUCUCGCCAAAACAAAGAAGAAAAGUGAAUACCAUGGCGAAGGGUCGAGGUCGGGGUCGUGCAAGAUCGCAGCUUAGGCGUUCCGGAGUGAGUCAAACUAGAUACAGAAAGGAACGCACAAAGCACGAUCUUGCUGCAGAUAUACAAAUGGAUUUCGAAAACUGGCAAGACCUUGAUGUGUAUCAUACAACAGAGAGUAAAGAAUCAGAAGACUGUUUUAGUUUAGACGAAGACGUGGUAGAUGGAUUAGAUAUUACAGAAACAAUUAGCCAUGCAACGUUCACGUUUGCUGAUGUGGAACCUAUAGUGCAGACACCAAAAAUGUGUAAAACUUACAAUCAGGGAAUGUCUAAAGUGCCUGCAAGAAUGAGAUGUAUAUCCGAGUGCGGAGAAGACAGGAAUAUGUUUGACGAGAAUUGUGUUGAGAACAGGUACAAUUUGCAAAGAAAGACAUUUCGAUCGCGCCUAAUAUCAGAAAGUUCCAUCGAUUCAGAAGACAGUUACUGUAUAGUUUUCGAAACAGAAUCUGAGAUUUACAAAAGCGAUCUUGAGGACACCGACGAAAGUGAUUUAGAUGAAACUAGUGAUGAUGAAGAAACCGAUAAUUCGACAUGCUAUCGCGUAGAACUCGUUCCUCCGACUCAAAAAGUGAAAUUUAAUUUGAACCCCACUGUUCAUAUAAUGGUACAGUGGGAUUAUGCAUACCGUGCAGCUCGAAAAGGUCCGUGGGAGGAGAUGGCUAGAGAUAGAGAACGAUUUAAGGGACGUAUUAAUUGUAUAGAACGUGUUCUUAAUCCAAUAUUAACUACUCAACACCGAACUCACAUGUGGCAAGAAAGAUUCGCAAAUAUUUAAUAGAAUCCAUAUAUUCGCCGUCCUUUUAAGGUAAUUCUCUGAUUAAGGGGUAAAUAUUGUAUAAUAUGGCAGAAGAGAUGGUGUGUUACAGCA